CCCUGCAAUUCAAGGGUAUAUAUAAAUCUAAUUCAAUCAGGUCAAACUUGCAGCAUGAACUUAUUUCGGCUUCGAUAUUGUCUACGGGGAAUUGCUCUUGGACUGCUUUAAGUUGCUGCAAAUUACAAGGAUCUGCUCAGGGAGUCCAUCGCUAGUCUCAUACUAAAGAGAUCCAAAAACCAGAAGUCUGAUCUUGCAGCUGCUUGAUUGUUUGGGCUAAGCUACGCACUUCCAUGGGACUUGCACAUUUACCAUAUCUAACCACUGCCCCUACACAAUAUGGCCCGGUACACUUGGAACACCUCAACUUCCCAUGACAGGAUUCGAGUUAGCCCCAGGAGAAAGCAUCCAUGUCCCAAGUGUUCCGGGAUGGUCUGGUAGAAUUUGGGCAAGAACUGGUUGCACAUUUGAUGCAUCUGGUGCUGGUGCUUGUCGUACGGGGGACUGUGGAGGGAGGCUAGAAUGUGGUGGCAUUGGCGCCACGCCACCAGCUUCCCUCUUUGAGAUUACAAUAGGUCAAGGAGACGAAAAAGAUUUUUAUGAUGUCAGUUUUGUUGAUGGUUAUAAUUUGCCUCUCGUGGCUGCACCCCUUGGAGUCCAUGGUAGCUGUAAUGCCACAGGCUGUGCUAGUGAUAUCAACAUUGGUUGUCCUAAAGAACUUCAAGUAUCUGGCGAGGAAGAAGGAACAGCAGGGGGUGUUGUGGCAUGCAAGAGCGCUUGUGAGGCAUUUGGCCUAGACCAAUACUGCUGCAGUGGAGAGUUUGCAAAUCCCACAACAUGUCGUCCGUCUUUCUAUUCAAGCAUUUUCAAGAGAGCUUGUCCAAGGGCUUACAGCUAUGCAUUUGACGAUGGUACUAGCACUUUCACUUGCAAGGCCUUCGAAUAUUCCAUCAUUUUUUGCCCCAAUGCUAGUGUGAUGGACCAGUCAAACGAUACAUUCAUAACAUCUCCUUCGAUACUAAAGAGCAGCAAGAAAAUCCCUUCUCAUGGGCAUAGCCAUAGUUCAUCUCCUAACAUCCAAGUACCAUUUUAUGUAGCAGUCAUGGUCUUACUGUUACCUUUUUACUUCAUUAAAGACUAAACUAAAAUCAGCGUCGGUGAAGGCAAAAAGGGAACUAAAUGUGUAUAUUUAUUAAUUUAUAGUUUAUAGUGCACAAAAAAUUGUACAUUUUUAUGUUA